AUGUCUCCGUAUCUCCUUGCUAUAUUUGUAUCAGAAUUUGAUUUCGACGAAUCCUACACAAAAAGAGGUGUGAGGUUCCGCGUAUGGUCAGCUCCUGAUACCAAAGAAAGGAGAAUGUAUGGAUUAAAGACAGCAAUCGCUCACAUGGAAACUCUUGAAAAAUAUUUUGCCAUUGAGGAUGUCCUCAUGAAACAAGAUUUGGUUGCACUAGAACGUUUUGUGGCAGGUGCGAUGGAAAACUGGGGUUUAAUAACGUUCAGCGAAUUUUCGUUAUUACCUCCAUCUUCUAUUCACACGGAAAACUUACUGCAAGGGAAAAUGAUAGCUCAUGAGCUAACUCAUCAAUGGUUUGGUAAUUUGGUGACCACGAAGUGGUGGAAUGAAAUAUGGCUGAAUGAAGGUUUUGCUAGCUACUUCCAGCAAGCCGUAAUGAAUGAAGAAAGGGAAAUGCGAAUUAGUAAAACCGAUCACGUUACCAGUUUUAAUGCUGCAAUGAAUAAGGAUUCCCUUGCUUCAAGUCGUCCACUUUCUUCUAUUAUAGACAUACCAUUGGAAAUAAUAGAGUCGUUUGACUCAAUAUCUUAUACUAGAGGAGCUAUUAUCAUUGCUAUGAUCCGGAACGUUGUCGGAGAGCAAAACUUCAGGAAAGCAUUGAUUCACUACCUCAAAAAAUUCUCCUUCGAAAACACACGCGGCGAUGAUCUCUGGGAGGCUUUCGACGAAGUUGUCGAAGGAGCUGAGGGUCCCGACGGAGGAAAACUGAGUAUGGUUGAUUUCGGACCUCAGUGGUCAAAACAGAUGGGUUUUCCACUUGUAACUGUCGAGCAUUUUAACUCUACAACGCUGAGGAUAAGGCAGGAAAGAUACAUGAAAGUCCCUCAUGCAACUGAACUACGAAAGUAUAGAAAUCCAAAAUACGGGUACAAAUGGGAUGUUCCUCUAUGGUAUCAGUGGGAUGACAAACAAGUAUACUACAAGUGGUUAAAAAGAGAAGAGCCGUUGUAUUUGGAUCGCAAAGAAGCCCCCAUUGUUAUCAAUGUGGAUAGACGCGGAUAUUUCGUUCAAAACUACGAUUCUGAUGGUUGGAAGCGCAUUAUAAGACAGUUCGAUAAAAACCAUAGGGUUUACAGCCCACACACAAGAUAUACAGUUAUCAGCGACGCCUUCAAUGCUGCUUUAAUUGGUCGGCUAGACUAUAAAACUGUAUUCGCACUGUUGAAAUAUUUAUCUAAAGAAGAGGAUUAUCUGGUGUGGGAAGCGGUAACAGAAGGGUUUGCUUCUAUAAGACAUUUGUUUGGUGAAAACAGCGGAGAAAACGGAAGAAAGUGGGUUGACCUUUACUCCAAAAAGAUAAUGGAAAGAAGGUACAUGGGUGUGUACUCUGAGUAUAUAAGCGGUGAAUUCGAAACACAUCGAAAUGGUAGUAGACCACUGCACCAAGCUCUAGGAUACGGGAAAAAGAAGCAUUACAAGAGUACCUCUGGAAUGUCGAGAUACUCAUCUUCUUCAAGACUAAAAUUUGCGACGUCCGUGAUUGAGUCGUACUGUGAGGCUGGAUCAAAUAACUGUUCAUCGACUUUUCAAUCACUUUUUGAAAAAGAAGUUCUUGAACGGUGCAGCAAAGGCAAAAAAGCUAGCCAAUGUGUCAGGAUUCCGAGGCAUCUUAGAAAGUGCACCUACUGCUAUGGAGUGAAGCGAAUAGGUAGUGCUGCGAUAGAGAAGAUAAAGGCCUUAUACAACAAUGAAGACAAUGUGGAGGAAAAAGAUAAUCUUGCAAAGGGUUUAACAUGCGCGAACGAAAUUCAGGAGUUGAAGACUUUGCUACGACGAACGAUUAACGAGACCGCAAUAGAAGGGAUUGGUUUCGUAUUUGCGGGAGUGGCAUACAAUCCGAUUUCGCAGGUAUUUUUAACCAAUUUCCUGAUCGAGAACUGGGAAGCAAUUUAUGAGAGGUUAGGACAUCAAGAUUAUUAUAUGCAGCUCUCAACAGUAAUUGGAGCAUGCCUCAGUGUCAUGCAUUCGAACGCGGAGAUAAUGCUAGUGAAACACUUUCAAGAAAUCAAUCCCAAUGCACAACAAUUCAGCAUCAUAAAUGAAAAGAUCGAAGAAGCACAACAUAGGAUAGCGUGGCUCAAAAAACACUCAAAAACGCUUACCGAAUUUUUUAAGUCUGAACUUGAGACCCAUCGCAAUGAGAGUCGUUACAAGUCUAGUGGGAUUGAGACGGAAGCUUUCGUAGAAGCCUCGGACAACCAAGGCGUACCUACUCAGUACAUAAAGGUACUUCGAGAGUUGUACAGUAACUUUACGACAGGAAUUUCGCCAUUCUACAAGAAUAUCAUCACUGACGUGAAGAGAGGGGUCCGACAAGGUGAAACAACCCAAAAUAUUCACAGCUACCCUCGAGAACGCAGUGCGAAAGUUGGAAUGAGACGGCAUGGGAGUGAAGAUUGA